UUGAUGUUAGUAAGUGAAAAUAGUUCCUCAAAUUCACUACGACCUUCGAGCUUAAUUUGGAAGAAACAUAAGGAGGCAUUUAUAUUUUGUUUCUUUAUUUCUUAAAUUUUUAUUUGGAAAAAAAUAUUUUUGCUGUUAUCCUCACAACAGGAAGAAAUUCAUUCGCGUGUAGGAAUACACCAUCGACUUAGAUCAUCAUCUGCACGACGAUUGUCGGGUUGCCGCUUAAAUUUCAUUUCUAUCCACUAUGGCAGAUCAACUAACAGAAGAACAAAUUGCAGAAUUCAAAGAGGCUUUCAGUCUUUUUGAUAAAGAUGGAGACGGAACCAUUACAACGAAAGAACUUGGCACCGUGAUGAGGUCACUGGGUCAGAAUCCUACAGAGGCAGAACUUCAAGACAUGAUCAACGAAGUAGAUGCUGAUGGAAAUGGAACAAUAGACUUCCCUGAGUUUUUGACAAUGAUGGCAAGAAAGAUGAAAGAUACAGACAGUGAGGAAGAAAUUCGAGAAGCAUUCCGAGUAUUUGACAAAGAUGGCAAUGGGUUUAUCAGUGCAGCUGAGUUGAGGCAUGUAAUGACAAACUUAGGAGAGAAGCUCACAGAUGAAGAGGUGGAUGAAAUGAUCCGAGAAGCAGACAUAGACGGCGAUGGUCAAGUUAAUUAUGAAGAAUUUGUUACGAUGAUGACUUCAAAGUGAGAAAGAAUAGUAAUUUGGUAUAUUCUGUUAUCCUUUGGUUUUGUAUUAUUGAACUGGUAAAAACAUUUGUGUUCAAAAGAUGUUAAUGAGCAGUUUCCACUUUUUUGAAAUCUUCUUUUAUGUACAUCUUGUGUACAUUAAGUAGCUAGUCAUAUUGUGCAAUUCAGUACCUAUUCUGUACUUAGUUUAUUGAUUAAAUCUACAUUCUAAUUUCUUGCAACUUUAGCUCUGCCUGUUGUACUUUAUGACUUGGAGUUAAAACAAGUAAGGUGUUCACUUUGAAUUUGUAUUAUAAUUCCAGUGGUAUAAAGGAUUAUGUUUAUUGUUUCUUAUUGAUAUAUUUAUCAUUGAUUAUUUUAUAUUUUUAUUUACUACCAUAACUGUAUAUGAAUUCCCUCAUUCAAAAGACUGGAUUGUCUACCAGUUGGACUUUAUGUCAUUGAAGUAUUUGAAGUUAUUUCAUGUAUGAAAUAAGUAAUCUAUUCGAUUAAUUAAAUUAUGAUAGUUUUUAUGCAUUUUAAAAUUUUGUCUACGCUAGUGCACCAAACAACGCAAAACUGAAGAAAACUACCUUCAUAGAGAAUUUAUUCGUUAUUCAUCCAAUUUUCAUCUUUCAAGUUCAGGAAUGCACUUCAGGUGUAUAAGUAUUGUUAUGUCACCUAUCAUGUUGUUUUAUAUCUUCAUAACAUGAUAUCCUGAAUAAAUGAUGUUGUAAAUUAA